AUGGCUGCAUCUGCAGAAACCUUGAAAUGUGAGCAUCAUAAAACAGCAGAAGAUGAUGACUGGACAAUUGUUUUGCGAAAACGCACCAAUCCCAAACGAAAAUUUCCAAAACUUAAACCCUCAAAACAACAACAAGAAGAGCAACAAACACAGUGGGCCCCACCAGACAUCGAAACAACUCCAGAAAAAGAACUCCACUUGAUGAACAAGAUGAAAAUCUCAAUUGAAAAACUUGAAAAAUCCCAAUUCUUCAAUGCUUUUCUCGAUCAAAUCCACACCCCCGAAGCUUCUCAACAUUUUCUAAAACUUACACAAUCACAAUUCAAAGUAAAAAUGGUGAUAUAUGGAAUUGGUAGCAUCGAAUCAUUUGAAUCACCUCGAUUGCAACUUAGCCUUGCAAUUUUGAUGAAAAGAAAACUUGAUUGGAUUGGUGACAUGGAAGUUUUUGAUCCGAUUAUUUCUUUGACCGAGUCAAAGGUCAUGGAGGAGCUCGGUUGUCGUGUUCUUUCGGUCAAUGAACAAGUUUUGAGAAAUAUGAGCAUCAUCGAUUGGUGUCUAAGAACCGAGCUUUGGAUGAAUCAAGGAAACAUUUACUUGCAAUACAAGAAUUCACUAAAGAGUUUGAGAUUAAAACUCUCUCAGAUGAUUAUUUUCGAGCCUUUCAUGGUUCGAGUUGGCAUUUUUUUAGUGUUGAUUGUGACACAGAUUUGCAAUUAA